CAUCAAUCAUCAUUGGCAAAAUCAUCAAAUGGCCAUCAUAAACGUGGAUCAUCAUCAUCAUCAUCAACAACAACAACGGCCACUAAAUCUGGAUCAUCAUAUAAAAAUGGAUCGGGAAAUAAAUCUGGUUCGAAUCAUGGAGCAAGUGGUGGUGGUAAAAAAACCAAAGGAAGAGUUAAAAUCAAAAUGGAAUUUAUUGAUAAUAAAUUACGACGUUAUACAACAUUUUCUAAACGAAAAACUGGUAUCAUGAAAAAGGCUUAUGAAUUAUCAACAUUGACCGGAACACAGGUAAUGUUAUUGGUUGCAUCCGAAACUGGACAUGUUUAUACAUUUGCAACACGUAAAUUACAACCAAUGAUUACAUCGGAUGCUGGUAAAGCCUUGAUACAAACUUGUCUGAAUUCACCGGAUCCUGGUGUUGGUUCAACAACAACAACAACAACUGGUAACAAUACGAAUCAUCAUCAAAUACCUGAUGUUAUACAAACUAAUGGUCAUUUAUCAAGUGCAGCACUUAAUCCAUCAAAUGGACAUCAUAAUAAUAAUCAUCAUGGUGAUUCGUCUCAACCAUCAGAUAGUAAUAGCGGUAACGGUAAUAAUAGCGGUAAUCAUCAUCAUCAAAAUAGUGCCAAUAAUAAUUCAUCUUCAACAACAACAACAUCGAUCGCUUCGACAGCAUCAACAACAACAUCGGCAACAACAACAACAAUAUCCAAUUCUAAUAAUAGUCAACAACAACAACCAACAAAUGAUCAACGUAUGUCGGCUGCAGGUUUUGAAGAACCUGAACUUUCUUAUUCAGUCGAUACACCACAAUCAUCAUCAACAACAACUAUCAUUGAUGAUUGUUCACAUCUAAAUGAUAAGAAUAUCUUGACUGGCUGCCUAACGUUGGGUACAAAUAUGACCUCUUUGUUGAAUCAACAAAAUUCGUUUUUUAUCAAUGGUCAAGCAAUCGAUCGUUCAGAAUUUGGUAUUCUUGAUGAUAUGGAUGAUGAUGAUGAUGAUGACGAAGAUGAUGAUGACGACGACGACGAUGAUGAUGAUGAUGAUGAUGAAGAUGACAAUGAUUAUGAUGAAGAUGAAGAUGAUGAAGAUGAUAUUAAUGCUACAAAUUGUCUAUUACCAACAUCUGUGAAUAGUUCGUUAUUGUUUCCACAACAUCAACAGCAACAACCCGAAGUAACAUCCGUAUCAUGGUCAACGAAUUCGAUAAUAAAUGCACAUAAUUCUAUUAAUAAUUCCGAUUGGAAUCGUGUAUCAUCAACAAGUGGUCAUCAUCAUCAUAAUCCAAUUAGUGGUCAUCAUGUUUCUGAUCGAAUCAAAAUGAAUUUGAAUCUUAAAAUUCAACAAAAACAACAACAACAGCGAAACAAACAACAACAACAACAACAGUAUGUCACGAUUCGUCAACAACCAUCGACUUCUACGAAUUUUCAACAGCAACAACCACAACCACAAUCGCAAUGUCAAAUAUCACGUGUGCAAUCUAAUCGAAAAAAUAUCUCAUCAAAUAUUAAAACUAGCUCAAAUCCCAAAACUCGAAAAAUUUCCAAUCCAAUCAAUUCGAUGGACCAGUCUACAUUGCAUUCAAAUCUGGAUUCUAAUUCUAUACUUGAUUCUUGUUUUUCUUUCAAUGAUGAUUUAGGAUCAUUGAUUGAAGCAAAUCAAUAUCAUUUGGAUACCAUUCUAAACACAUCAAAUUCAGCACAAAAUAAUGCCGAUCUAUAUUCACAAUAUUCUUUUGGAUCUAAUGAUCAACUAUCGAAUUCUAAUCUACUUCUUUCGUCAACUUCUUCCAAUAUUGGAAAAAAUACAUCAUUAUCAUCGAAAAAAUCUUCAUCAAAAUCCAAUACAAAUCGUUUAUCCAAAUCAAAAGCUGGAACUUUAAAAAAUUUAUCCAAUCCUAUGAUGAUGUCUGCAGCCAUGGCAACAACAUCAUCGACUACAUCAUCGAUAAACACUAACAAUAAUAAUAAUCAUGAUCCGAAUCGAUCAAUGUUAUUAUCAACAUUAUUUUCAAAUAAUUCACUUGUAAACAAAAAUCGAAAUGAAGCCAAUGUUAAUAAUAAUAAUAAUAAUAAUAAUACCGGAAAUGUUGAUGGCGUUAUUUCCACAUCUACUGCCGCCAAAUCAAAACAGCAAAUUCUCUCAUCAUCAUCUAUAUCGCAAACGAUACCGACAACGAUAACAAUUCUGAAUAGUAAUAAUAAUCAACAACAACAACAACAAUUGUUAAAAGCAGCCAAUUUAAAUACAAUCAUCAAUAAUUUAGCUAAUAAUAACAAUAGCAAUAAUAAUAAUAAUAAUAAUACGCCGUCGGCAACCGUAUCGCCAUCAAUGAUUCAUAAUAAUAACAAUUGUGGAAACAAUAUUUCUCAUCAUCAAUCGGCUAUGAUCAAUCCAAACAAUAUGCAUCAAAAUUUUAUAAACCAACUUUCAUCAUCUUCAAUAUCAUCAUCAUCAUCAUCUUCAUUUGUUCUCGAUUCAAUGAUCGGAUCAAUUGUCACAUCAUCACCAACAUUAAAUAAUAUAAUCAUAACAACGACAACAACGAUGCCCAUCAAUAACAAUAAUACGAUAACAUCCUCAUCAUCAUCAUCAUCAUCUACAUCGAAUAUUCAAAAUCAAUUGGCAGCUAUAGCGGCUCAACAGUUUCUAUCUUCUGGUAAUGUUAUACUUUGUCCACAACCAACUACUGUAACGGCCAAUCAUAAUUCAACAAUGGUGAAUCAAUCAACCAAUGUUGGUCAAUCAUUUAUUUGCAAAUCUGAACCAUCAUCGUCGACGCUACUAAUACAACAACCAUCUGGAUCUGCUGGUUCAGUAUCGGGUCAAUUAUUUUAUAAUGCAUUAGCCGGUCGACUUUUAUGUACGACAACCGCAUCGAAUUUUUCUAACAGCAAUCAUACCGUUUCUUCAUAUAAUUUGCUUAAUGAUAACUCAACAGUAACAGCAGCUAAUUGCGGUCCCACUAUUCAAUUAUCAACUCCAGAUAGUCUCAAUUUUUUAUUUGCCAACAAUGGAAUGGCUCAGUUGAUAACAUCAUCAAACAAUAAUCAGCAAUCUAGUCAGGUUCAGACUUUGGGUUCAUCAUCAUCAUCAUCAUCAUCGUUAUUGUCGAAUAGAACCAAUCGUCCUAAAUAUGAUUUUUAUCAGACAAAAAAUGAUUUACCUUCUAUUUGUCCAUCAACAUCAACAUCAUCAUCAUCUAGUUCAUCGUUGACAACUACAGCGUUGCUGGCUACAAUCAACGCUAACAAUACAAAAUGUACAGACAAUAAUAUUAAUCCAUUUGAUACUGAUAAUUUGCUCAAUACUCAACUUCAACAUCAUCCUGGUUCUCAUCAUAAUCACAGUCAAAAUCAUUUUCAUCAUUCACAUCAACAACAACAACACCAACAACAUAAUCAUUCAUCUUCACAAUUAAACAUACAAUCAACACGUAAUAAUAAUAAAAAACAACGAAAAUAAAAUAUUUUAUCUUGA